AUGCUUUUGAGUUAUAUGAAGAGCAGCAGAGGUCUUCAAUUGAUGUAUAGUGCUACUGGUACUAGAUUACUAACCACAUACAGCAAGAAUCCCCAGAUCUAUAUCCAUGAGAAUCCUCCCAAGCAUUAUAAUUUUUCACUCUCAAAGAAGCCAAAUUCCAUAGUGAUAGGCUCAUCACAAUCCAUGGACCCGAAGCCAUCCACUUUUUAUACGAAUCCCAAAUUCCAGUCAAUUUUACAAAUGACAAUGAAGAAGAAAAUCUAUGAUGAUUUUACUUUUAUUAUGGAGGCAGGAACAAAUGCCAAUUCGUACAUGCCCAUCUACGAUUUCAGAGAAAUCCCAAGAUACUCAAGAACCCCUUAUAUUGGAGAUGUUUUUGGAUAUGUACAAAUUGACAAUGAGGGGAAAAUGAUUCCUCAAAGCUGGCAAAAGAAUGAUAUGUAUGAGGUAUGCAGUGGCAAGACGGGGUUAUGCAAAUUUAGUGAAUUCAUGUAUGAAACAUUACGAGAGGAAUGCGAAAGGGACAGAGAAAAUUAA